AUGGCUGGCGAUACGACGCUCCUGGAACUACAGACGAUCAGAUUCAGACCCCGGAAAAGACACGAGAAAUCUAGAAAUGGCUGCCUCAGAUGUAAGCAACAGCGGAAGAAGUGCGAUGAGUUGAAACCGAACUGCACCCGAUGUACCAAGCGCAUGUAUACCUGCCGAUAUCAGAACCCUUUCCAUAAUGACAGCUCGUCAAAGAAGCAGGGAUCGGCUCAGCUCCCAGGUCCCGGCUUAUGUGUUUCGCCUACAGUUCCCAGUAAUGUAAUUCGAAACUCUGUGCCAUCCUUGACGCUUUCGAGUGGCCAAUCCUCGGUUUCUAGUCGGGUGUCUGGUACACAAUGUGGUUUAGUUCGAGGUCUGAAUACCGCAGAAGAGAGACUAGCUCCUGAUAGUCACACCCUUGGGACUCUCGAUACAAUAGAGCUCAGUCUCCUGACUCACUACCUCACGCACACCAGCCAAACUAUCCCCGUCGACGAUCUCGAUCUUUACGCUCUUUCGGUAGGGGUGCCAAAUCUCGCAUUCAAAUCCAACGUGGUCAUGUCAUCCCUGCUAGCCCUGGCAGCAGCAUGCAAGUCGCACGAUAUAGCUAAGAAUGCCCGAUUGCGUCUGGACCCCCAGAACCUAAGGGAUAUUCAGAAGCUACUUGCGCUUGCGGAGCGUCAUCACCAGGCUUCCCUGCGGCACAUACAAGCAUCCAUCCGGAACUUGGAUUCCUACGAUCACGUUCUGGCAAAUGCGGCAUUGAUGGUGUUGUACGCCUCUGCUAGUCACUCCAUCCGAGUACAUCUUGCAGCCGCUGCAAAAGAGUGUGCGCUGCGACUGCCAAAUGACGUGCUCCCGCAGCACUCGCAAUGGAUCUCGUUCACACGUGCUGCCCACACAGCAUCAACUGCAGUUCUCAACGAUGUCGUGGCCGCCGCCGGUACUAGUCGUGCCGCUACCUCCAGCCCAAUUCUAGAUGCACGAUCCGAACUACCGAAUCCGGUCUUAAGUAGCACUGACAACUUAUCGCCGGAGGACGGUCCAACUGAGGAAACAAAGCGCCUAUUUCUCCCUCUUGUCGCAUCUACCUAUGGCCGAGCUCUCGAAAGUCUACACGAGAGAGCUGAAUCGACCACCGCUCUCUUUAACAGUUCAGAUGUUUCUAUAACCAGCCACCUACAGCUACAGGCCUGCUUGGAAACCCUGUCUGUUUUAGAAAGAUGUACAUGCGUAGCUCUGCCCGCAAGAGAUGGUACUAGUGUCACGCCAUCAAGGUAUCGGUCAAUAUCGUGUCGCGAUCAAUCUAGAGUUUCACCAUGGGUGGCAAGAUACAUGAUCAGCGUCACUUCGAUGGAGUCACCGCAUAUACUCCGACGGAUCAUCAUGUCGUUCUUGAACAAAGCCCCGGCUGAGUAUCUCAAUCUCGUUCAGUCCGUGCUGGAUUCCCCCUCUGCAGCGGCGAGGGCUGAGAGUUGGAUGACCCGAGACUCACCUGGGGCAGAGGUCCCACUGCUCGAUGCGACACACUUGUUAGCCAUGGAUAUAUUUGCGCAUUGGCUGGUCCUUGUUAUGUUGUUGGACGGUGUUUGGUGGAUCGGCGAUAUUGGAGAGUGGGAGCUUGGCCAGGUCGUCUCAUUGAUGAAGACUCAGAAUCUUCCGGGCCAGUCAGCAGAGUUUGGAAAAACAUGGUGGCCCGAGACCAUGUACUUAUUGAAGCGGGAGCUCAGCCCCAGUGCGUAG